AUGUUCGUUGAUCUAACAUCUCACCUGUUCUCUGUCGCGUACAUUAGUGUGGCUAGUUCAUUUAUCGUGUUCCUCCUGGGCGCGGUAUUCCUCCUGUUGAUUUCGUCCCGAGCCUCAACUUUGCCUCUUAUCAAUGGAAGGAAGCCAUCGGAAAUUACAUACACACAUGCAAAGAAGCGCUUCCUGAAGGACGCACAGAGCUUGAUCAAAGCUGGCUUUGGCAAGGCCAGUGUCUUUCGUAUCAUCUCAGAAAAUGGAUUGAAGACCGUGCUUGGAUCCCAAUAUGCGAGAGAAAUCCGUGGUCACCAUGCACUGAGCUUCGGUGCUAUAUUCGAAAAGGAAUUCCAUGCAAAUAUCCGAGGCUUUGAACCAUUUCGGCAAGGCACAACAAGUGACGAGAUAUUCAUGGAUGCAGUUCGAAUGCAGCUGACACGCAGUCUUGGAAGUGUUACCCAGCCACUCUCUUCUGAGACUGCUGUAGCGCUCGAGAAGGAAUGGUCUGAUAGUACCGACUGGUACGACUUAUGCCUCAAGUCGAGUAUACUGAGAAUAGUUUCCCAGAUAUCAUCCAGAGUCUUCCUGGGCGAUAAGCUAUGUCGCGAUCCAAACUGGCUUCGAAUCACGGUUGCAUAUACUACUGAUUCUUUUAUCGCUGCUCAGGAACUACGUCUAUGGCCUGAAUUGAUACGUCCAUUGGCCGCCUACUUCCUGCCAUCUUGUCGGAAAAUUCGACGGACAAUUCAAGAAGCGAGAGCUAUCAUAGGCCCAGUACUGGAGGUGAGGCGUAUAGAUCGAGAGGCAGCAAUUAAAAGCGUCAAGACCCCUGACCGAUAUGUUGAUGCUAUGCAGUGGAUGGAAGAUUCUGCCAAAGGCCGUUAUUAUGACCCUGCGAUAGCCCAGCUAACAUUUUCAAACGCUGCCAUUCAUACAACAACCGAUAUGCUUACGCAAGUACUCCUCGAUCUCUGUGGACAGGAGGAGGUUAUCCAGGCCCUUCGUACAGAGAUUUCAACAGUUAUCCAGGAAGAAGGAUGGAGGAAAACUGCGUUGUACAAAUUGAAGCUUAUGGAUAGUGUAUUGAAAGAAAGUCAACGACUAAAGCCGAUCAAUAUAGUUUCAAUGAGACGCCUCGCACUGGAGGAUAUCGAGCUUUCAAAUGGAAUAGUCAUUCCUCGGGGGACGUAUGUUGUUGUUUCGAGUGACCAAAUGUGGGACCCAAGUGUAUAUCCAAACCCAGAACAUUUUGAUCCCUACCGAUUCCUGCGGCUGCGUGAGAUCCCAGGCCAUGAAACAUCAUCCUUGUCUGUUUCACCGUCUCCAGAGCAUAUGGGCUUCGGGUUCGGAAAGCAUGCUUGCCCAGGACGAUUUUUUGCAAUCAAUGAGGUCAAAAUUGCCUUGUGUCAUAUCCUGAUGAAGUAUGAUUUUAAAUUAGCAGAGGGUUGUAUUCCAAAAGUUCGAAGACAUGGCUUCGCAUUGAGUUCAGAUCCAUUAGCGAGGAUUUCUAUCAAACGAAGGCGAGAGGAAAUAGUUCUCUAG